AUGGAAAACUACCAGAAAAUCGAGAAGAUUGGCGAGGGCACCUACGGUGUUGUUUACAAGGCCCGCGAGCUUAAUCACCCCAAUCGAAUUGUUGCUCUCAAGAAGAUUCGUCUUGAAGCCGAAGAUGAAGGCGUCCCCAGUACCGCCAUUCGCGAGAUCUCUCUCCUCAAAGAAAUGCAGGACCCCAACAUCGUUCAAUUGCUGAACAUCGUUCACGCAGAUGGCCACAAACUUUACCUCGUUUUCGAGUACCUGGAUCUCGAUCUGAAGAAAUACAUGGAGGCUCUACCAGUCAGCGAGGGUGGCCGUGGAAAGGCUCUACCCGAUGGCACGAUGAUGGGUGCCAACCUGGGUCUCGGCGAGGCCAUGGUCAAGAGAUUCAUGGCUCAGCUCGUUGAGGGCAUUCGCUACUGCCACAGCCACCGCAUCUUGCACCGAGAUCUGAAGCCACAGAACUUGCUGAUCGACGUUGAGGGUAACCUGAAGUUGGCUGAUUUCGGUCUCGCCCGGGCAUUCGGUGUACCCCUGCGAACUUACACCCAUGAGGUUGUUACUCUGUGGUACCGCUCUCCGGAAAUCCUGCUUGGUGGUCGUCAGUACUCUACCGGUGUUGACAUGUGGUCCGUCGGAGCUAUCUUCGCCGAGAUGUGUACUCGCAAGCCGCUAUUCCCCGGUGACUCGGAAAUUGACGAGAUCUUCAAGAUUUUCCGUAUCCUUGGUACUCCUGACGAAGACGCCUGGCCCGGUGUCACCUCUUUCCCCGACUACAAGGCUACCUUCCCCAAGUGGAAGCGUCCCGAUACCCCCCUUGUCCCUGGUCUGGAGGCAGCUGGCUGUGAGCUUCUUGAGGCUUUACUCGAAUAUGACCCGGCGCAUCGACUUUCCGCGAAACAAGCCUGCAUGCAUCCAUACUUCCGUCACGGAAGCUCCCACUACUCGGGCCGCAACCACAACGGCACUCACUGA